UAACCAUGCCCUAAAGCCAAAAACCCCUUCACACACGCCGCAUUCUUUGCUCUUUAUUAUUUAACUCUCACUCUGUUUCUUGAUACUUAAAAAACAACGGAGCAAAUAUAGCCUUGAUUCAUCUCAAAUCUUCAAUCAAGAUCCAUUUUAUUUUCUACACAAUACCCAUCUUUUAAUUUGUAUAUAUUUCUUCAUUUCUAUAUAUUAAAUCAUUAAAUCACACACAUUGGGGAAAACCCAAGUGAAAAUUUUAGUGCUUUUUGAAGCUUCUUGUUAAUGGCUGAUUGCCCAUUAUCAAGUUUAUUAUGUGCAGAAGAUAAUGAGAGUAUAUGUUAUAAUAAUAAUGAUGAUGAAAAUGAUGAUGCAAAUGUAAAUGUUGAAAAUGGAUUAUGGGAUUAUGGAAAUGUUAUUAAUAAAAAUCAUAACUUUACCAAGAAUCUUGAAACAGAGUGCUCUGUUUUUGAUUUUCCUAUGCAAAGUGAUGAGUGUUUGUCUUUGUUGAUUGAAAAAGAAUGUCAACAAUUUGUGGGGUUUGAUUAUUUGAUCAAAUUAAGAAAUGGGAACUUGGAUUUAGUUGCUAGACAACAAGCUGUUGAUUGGAUUAGAAAGGUACAUGCUCAUUUCAACUUUGGACCAUUAUGUGCAUAUUUAUCUAUCAACUACUUGGACAGAUUUCUUGCUGUCUAUGAAUUUCUUAAAGACAAAUCUUGGAUGAUGCAAUUGCUAGCUGUGGCAUGUUUAUCAAUUGCAUCCAAAAUGGAAGAAACUGAAGUGCCUUUUAUUCUUGAUUUACAGGUUUGUGAAGCAAGAUUUAUAUUUGAAGCAAAAACCAUUCAGAAAAUGGAGCUUCUUGUGUUGACCACAUUGAAAUGGAGGAUGCAAACUGUAACUCCGUUUUCUUUCAUCGACGCUUUCAUUGGGAAGCUUAAUUGUGAUCAACCUGUUUCAAGAUCCAUAAUCUUUAGAUCUACCCAAAUUAUAUUAUGCUUGAUUAAUGGGAUUGACUUUUUGGAAUUUAGAGCUUCUGAAAUAGCAGCAGGAGUGGCCAUUUCUGUGGUUGGACCAACCGAAAUGUCUGUUCUCUUUCAUUUUGUACAAAAGGAAAGAACACUUAAAUGUGUAGAAUUAGUGAAUGAGUUGAGUGGUGGUCGUACCAAGAGCAUAAAGAGUGGUACAGUGCCACGAAGUCCUGUUGGUGUUCUUGAAGCAUCAUGUUUUAGUUACAAUAAAAGUGAGGAUUCAGGUGUUGAGUCAACUGCUAGUAAAAGGAGAAGGCUCAAUACUUGAACACCACCUCAUUUGGAGCUUUAGAUUAUCAGAUGGAAAUAAUAUGUUUGCUUUUUUUCUUUUAAUUCUAUUUAUUUUUUGGUAGGAUGUGUGUUUUAUGUGCUUAUGACUUUGUCUAAGGAAAAAACAUUGAGUCAUGGGCUUCUAUUUUGUUAUUUUUUUUGAAAAUGAAGCAUAAUGAAAAUAUAAAUACAAAUUUUGUUUUA